CUCCUCUACCUACUCAGCACUUUGCAUUGUUAUUAUACGGCACUCAGAAUACAUUUGUUUACACGACCGGAUAUUGUUGUUCUUGCCUAGAUUCAUAUACUACUGAAAAAAAAAACAAAACACAAACCUUAUACUAGCUUGGGAUUCGUUGUCAUUUUGUCAUCAAUCAACUGAAUUUUCUCGAAAUUAUCCUCUCUGCUUUUGCGGCGAGAGUUUAAAUUCGCAGCCUUCUGCAAGACACCACACAAGCGUUGCGUUGCCUUCCUCCACACUGAAACCAUGACAACUUCCUCUGCUCCUCUCCUGCUGCUGUGUCUCUGCUUCACUCUGCUCGUCCUCCACUUCCGCUCGUGCGCCGCGUCGCCUCGUGACCUCCGCUUCUCCGCCGCCGACAUCGCCGCCGUCGAGGCGGUGCUGCCGUCGCUGCGGCGAGCCAGGAACACCUUCUUCGAGGUCGAACGGCCGCUGCGGCCGCCGCGGGGGAGCUCCGGCCCGUGCUCGACGCUGCUCCUCUCCCACUCCUUCGCGUUCACCUUCACCAAGCCGCCUGCGACCGCGGCCUACUCGCCGCCGCCGUGCCUCGCUGACGCCGCCGGCGGCGCGCGCGCCGUCUCCCUCGCGGUGCUCGAGUGGCGCGCCGACUGCCGCGGCACGCAGUAUGACCGCAUCUUCGGCGUCUGGCUCGGCGGGGCGGAGCUCAUGCGGGGGAGCACCGCCGAGCCGCGCCCCGGCGGCGUCACUUGGUCGGUGCACAAGGACGUCACCAAGUACGCGUCACUCCUCGCCGCCGGCAACUCCACGCUCGCCGUGUACCUCGGCAACCUCAUCGACGAGACGUACAACGGCGUGUACAACGCCGACCUCACGCUCCACCUCUACUUCCGGCGCGCCGCGCGGUCGCCGACGGCGGCGUCGGCUCCGGCCGACGUCGUCGUCCCCGUCUCGAGAAGCCUUCCUCUCAACGACGGGCUGUGGUUCGUGGUCGACAACACCACCGACGUCGAGUCGGCGCGGCUCACCGUGCCGCCCAACGCGUACCGCGCGGUGCUCGAGGUGUAUGUCUCGUCCCACAACUUCGACGAGUUCUGGUACAUGAACACGCCGGACCAGAACGGGCCGUUCCGCGAGGUCACCGUCCAUCUCGACGGCGACGUCGUGGGCGCCGUGUGGCCGUUCCCGGUGAUCUACACCGGCGGAAUCAACCCCCUCAUCUGGCGCCCCAUCACCAGCAUUGGCUCGUUCAACUUCCCCAGCUACGACGUCGAGCUCACGCCGUUCUUGGGCAAGCUGCUCGACGGCAAGGAGCACGAGCUCGGGUUCGCGGUGACCAACGCGCAGAAGUCAUGGUACGUGGACGCCAACCUCCAUCUCUGGCUCGACCCCAAGAGCGUGGCGACCUCCGGUGGCCUCGUCGCCUACGACGCCCCGAAAUUGACCGGCAAGAUCGUCUCCAACUCCUCCGACGGCAUCGACGGGCAGUACGACGCGACGGCGAGCCGCAACAUCACGGCCACGGGGUGGGUCCGCUCGUCGCGCGGCAACAUCACCACCACGUUCACCCAGCGGCUCACGUUCGUGCACACGAACGUGGUGACCAGCCAGGGAAGCUCGCAGGCGAUCAACCAGACGACGGAGGCGCGCACCGAGGUGGUCACCGGCGACGGCGCGCACGCGCUGCAGCUCCACCAGAGCUUCCCGCUCUACAUCUUCCUGGGCGGCGACGGCAGCGGCACGUCCUCGCAGCGGCUGAUGCGGCGCGUGGCGAUCGGCUUCGACGAGACGCGCGCGGCGGGCGCGGGCGGGAGUUCGUCGGCAGCGAGCACGCUCCACAACGAACAGACGGCGGCGGCGGAGGUGGUGCUCCGGGACGACCAGGUGGUCGGCGCGUCGUGGCGGAUGCACCAGGUGUACGAGUACGGCGGCAGCGACGGCGGCUGCUACUCGAGGAACGUGAGCAGCGUCGGCUACGACGUGCUAUUCGACCACAAUGAGGAGUCGUGCGCCGGGACGCGCCGACGUUGACGCCUGUCGGCGCCGGCGCGGCGUGGCGUGGCGUGGCGCGGCGCGCGUAGGGAUAGAGCGAGUGGAUAGGGGGCCCGGAAGAGAUCGACAGGGUGUAAAUGGAACGGAAGGUGGGCCAGUGUGUGCUGGCGGGCCCUACUUAAGUCUUUGCAAUUAUUGAUGGAUCACUCCAGUGUCCUUAACCUUGAAUAAGAAAUGGUAUGAUUGUACGUAAAACCCAGAUGUAAAGGAGAAUUGACUGCAGAUCCUAAUGGAAACUUUCUGACAUGUGAAUCCAUUUCAUCCUGUA